UAUUUCGCCGCCAUUGUGGAUCAACGAAAAUUGAUUCUUUUCCCCCUCAGCAAUAAUAAGUACAAGGGUUUGGCCCUUCGAAUGCUAGCAAAGUGCGUAGUUUUAUAGAAGAGUCCAAGAAAUUUCCCUUCGAACGAUUUUUUUUCGCAAGUCGAAGAAGCGAAAAAUCACGAUCGACAAUUCACAUGGUCAAAACUAAACCACAAUAUUUUACCAACGGUAUUAGAUAGUUUUACUUUGUUUACAAGUUAAAAAUUCAUACGACUACAGAAAAAGAAGAAAUGCUGGUUGGAAGAACCGUUUGAGUGAGUAACUAGUAAAAAGAUGUCGUCGUGUGAAGUGAUGUCUUCACGAAUGGAGCAGUUUUCAAAGGACAAUUCAAUUACAAGUAAACUUGCCGACGACCUAGACGCUAAACUAUCCACUUCUUCCAAGCAAGUGCUUCUGCAGCGUAUCGAAUUCAAGGCGGCUUCAAAGCCAGACGAACAAUACGAGAGAUUGAAACAUAAAUAUCAACCCUUGAACUCAUCAACUUCACACGUGAAUCAAGGUUUUGUAAACAAUGGUCACGAUAAUUCAACUCCCGACAACGAAGAUUUUCCUGAACCAAAGCGCAUUUUGUGUUCUGAAGACAAGGUUAACGUUCAGUGGGAGAAAAUGAGGCGAGUUGGUCCUGGUUUAAGUAAUUUGGGGAACACAUGUUACUUGAACUCUGUUCUCCAAGUGUUGACUUACACUGCCCCCCUGGUGAAUUUUUUGUCAACACAGGAACACGCCAAGGAAUGCAGGGCUGUUGGAUUUUGUAUGAUGUGUGAAUUGCAGCGUCAUGUCUUAAGGACAUUUAAUCAUCACCAAAAUGAAUCCAUCAAACCACUUGCUAUCAUACAAAAGCUUCGAAAUAUUGCAAAGCAUUUAAGAUUUGGCCAUCAAGAAGAUGCUCACGAGUUUCUGCGAUAUGUCAUUGAUGGUUUACAGAAAAGUACUCUCAAUGGCUUACCUGAAAAACUUGAUAGGGCAACCAGAGAAACAACGCUCAUCCAUAGAAUAUUUGGUGGCUACUAUAGAAGCCAAGUUCGAUGUCUAAUGUGCCAAAAUACAUCAAACACCUUUGAUCCAUUGAUGGAAAUCAUGCUUGAUAUUAAGCAUUCCCCAUCUGUUAUCCGUGCACUGCAACGUUCAUGCAAGCCAGAUCGUCUUGACGGAGACAACUCAUAUUACUGCUUAAAGUGCAAAAAGAAGGUCCCUGCACAUAAGCAAGUAUUAAUACAUCGACAUCCAAGUAUUCUUACUCUUCAGCUGAAAAGGUUCGACUCCAAUCACAUAUUUGGUGGUAAAGUAACAAAAGAGGUUCAAUAUACUGAAUACCUUGACCUGAGGCCCUUCAUGACCAAUGCAAAGGGUUCACCUCUAAGGUACAGACUGUAUGCUGUAUUAGUUCAUUCUGGUUACUCAAGCAAUUCUGGACAUUACUACUGUUAUGUUAGAGCAUCCAACAACUGCUGGUACAAUAUGAAUGAUUCUGUGGUUCGGCAAGUCAGUCUCAGCAAUGUUCUCUCUCAACAAGCGUACCUCUUGUUUUACUCCAAGGUUUCCCAAAGUACAGCAGAGCAGGAAAAGAAACCAUUUUCUCCAAUAGCCACAAAGCCAUCAGGUUUUCAGAGUGGAACCUCUUUUCCAAAAAUCAUCAAAGAAAAUGAUGUUGGUACUCCAGUUGCACGUAAUGGCAUCCAGUCCAAAGGUAUUUCCACACCAACUUCAACCAUUACCAAGGCAACGGUGACCACACCCAACAGCCCAUCAGUCAUCCCUGUCGGUCAAAGACAGAAACUCAGUUUUACGCUGAAAACCUCAACUAAGGUUUCUGCACAGCCCACGAAAGUUAAAGAAGCAUCAAAACACUUGGAUGGCAAAAUGCAAGAGGAGGUACCCAAAAACCUAGGUGUCGUGUCGACCAAGAGUGAUAAGUCAAAGGAUGGUCCUUUGAGUUCUACAGAAUCUUCUGUCACUACAAAACAAGAACAGAAUAAAGAGGAUAAUAAAGAAAUCCCAGGGACGAAGGCACAUUUAAAACCACCAGAGCCUGUUGAAGUAAGCUUUCCUGUCAGAAAAGAUGCAAAAGAUCAAUCACCUACCAAGAAGACAAGACCAACACCGCUGUUUAUUCCAAGGAGUGUGCAAGCCAAGGAUGUGAUGAAAGAAUCCAAAUCGACUCCAAAUCAAAGUACAAGUGAUACUUGUAUGACAUCACCAGCCAAGGCAACGACCCCUUGGAAGGUCACGCCCAUGCCACCUCAGUUCAACAAUAACCACAUAUAUGGACCAAUGUCCCCACCCCCCAAGGGCACACCUAUUCCUCAGCCAUCUCCUUCAUCUCUUAAGUCAGAUGCUAGCAGCACCUCGAGCAUUAUGGGUAAAACAGGGGACUGGGCUGUCAAGGACAAAAAGCUGCCGACUCCUGGUCCAAAACUUCCUGAGCGACAACAUGCGGGUUGGACCGUGAGUGAGAAGUCUGGUACCGAAACAAGUACAGAAAAUAAUGAUGAUGUAAGAGACGACGAAGACUGGGUUGAACGUUCUCCCGAGGACAAAAGAAAUGCGAAGAAGAAGAGAAAAAAGGAAAAAAGAAAAACGAAAGAGAAAAAUCAAAAAUUAGAAUCCGAAACCAACAAAGAGGAAGAUAAGAAAGAAAGCAAGGAAAACACAGAGAAAAAGAAGAAAAAGCAGAAACACAAAAAGAAGAAGAAGAAAGAAAAAUCUAAGGAAAAGAAAGAGCUUUUGGGAGAAGAACCAUCUUCGGAUGAGAAAGAGAAAAACAAAAAGCACAAAAAGAAAAGCGAAGAGGAUUCAAAGGAAAARCCACGAAAACUGGUAGAUUACAGCAGCGAUGAGAGCUCUCAUUCAUCCAGUCAACAUGAGAAUGCGAAGAAAGAUCAUAACCAAAAUGAAAAAAGCUUUCCCAAGAAAGAGAAAAAAGAGGUUCCAGUAGUAGUUUAUGACGGAGAUCGACAGGAUAAACCCAGAAGAACCACGUGGGAUGGAUCACGUGAUACUUCAACUGUCAAUCAACUUGAGCGUGGCAAGGGAUUGGCUGGUUAUGGUGCAAAUGUAUCAUCAUGGGAAGGAGGCCAGAGUCACGUGGAUAGUUAUGAUAACGGUGAUAACUCAGGCGGAAGCAGAAAAAGACGGCAUGAUUCCUGGGACGAAGAGUUGGAUAAAGGAAAGGUUAAGAAAGUUAAAGACAAAUCCAAACAAGACAGAUUUUCUACUGGGACAAACUUUUUUCAGAGAGAACACGACAAAAGAAAUAAGAAGGGACUGUCGGAGAAGAUCACUAGUCAUUUCUCAAGAAGACACUCGACCCAUUCGCGAACGCACGCAGGGCGUAACUACCGUCGAUUCUAAGCAAUUCCACCACCACGUGGUAACACAGCCAAGACUAGGAGGCUUAAUCAAUCAAUCAAUCGAAUCAAUCCGUUCUCAAUUCAUUACUUAAUCACGAACUAGCGUCAUUGAAUAAUUUACAUGUAAUGAAAAUUGUAGGGAAAGGAUGGCUUAUCAUUUCCAUCCAUUUAAUAAUAUAUGAAACGCAAAAUAUGUUGCUAUGGAGAUAAAUAUGUUUUACAUUCAGUUGGUCCCAGAUGACCCGUCUCAAUCCAUUCCCCCAAGGAACCUGAGACUGAAGGCCAGUUCUCUGGAGAUAACUAUAACCAAACUAAUAACUUUACAGUCGUUAAGUAAUAUCUGUACGUGACACGGUAACUCAAUAACUCAUUUUAUUGCAUUUGGUUGCAUAUGCCGUUCGUACAAAGAAGCGGACACUUAGGAAACUAGUGGUGAAUGGUCGGGACAAGUAAAUCUGCUUAUUCUCUCCCCUUGUAAGGCUCAAUCCAUCAAAAGUGCCCUUUGAAAGCAUCUGAAAUUUCACUCAGUAACAGUUCACCAACUCGCACGUGACGUCUUAUCCGCUGCCAUUUUGGAUUUUCAACUUCGUUUAUCAUCCAACAUGGCGACCGUAUAACAAUAGAAAAGAUUUCUUUAUAUUGGCUCGUUUGAACAAAAUAUAUACUCCACUAAACACAUACUCGACAGCUAUACAUUUGCAUACUUAUUAAAAAAGGAGUUUUCAUCCACUUUUUCAAAAUUUCUUCAAUAUUACUCACCACAGGAAGCCCGUAAAUAGAAUUACUGUAUAUUCUAAUGAAAAUUUUUUAAAAUGUUUUUGAAGCAAGUAUUGCAUUGACUAAAGUAUUUAGAAUCAAGGAACAGGAUCAUAGUUCCUGAAUAAUGUAAAUACUGUGAAACUUAACAUAUACAUGUAAUCAUUUCACUAUUUCAAAAUUAUCAUUAAUUUUGUAAUAAAUUAUCGCAACUAUCUCUCUCAGAUUUUGUUUUAUCUAC